GGGACCAAAUGUAUUGGAUAAAUUUGAACCAUUAGUUUCUCUUACAAAAGUAGGAAUGGAUAAAUAUAGUUUGUUUGUUGAGUGACAUAAAAAUGGAAUCACUUGUAUCAAAGACAAGAAGAAUGGUAAGAGGCAGAGAGGAAGUGUAUGUGGCAGCAAUGCCUCUAAGGGCUUCAAAGGGACCACCACAAUUGCUUAUGUCUGCUGCUUACUCCCUUAAUAUUUGGGAUUUGCAGCAUUUCAUGGUCAUCAUCAAACCUUCCUCACCUUCACAGGUUCUAGUUUUUGAUUUUCAACCAAAAGAUCCUGAAGAUAUAUAUGUGGCACUAGCAGUUUUAUCUGGUAGAGCUGUGCCAGGAGCUGUUCUUGUGAGGAAGUUAAAAAGAUUGCCGCGAAGCAAAUGUUGGCUAGUUGGAUAUGCAGAAGCAGAUGCUGUGGAAAUAGCAAGUGAAUUCAACAAAAAAUGGGAAACAGAUUUGAGAAUCGGUGUCAACGAUUGCCGCGAUUAUACCAAUGGUUUGGUCAGACGACUCAUUGGCGAAGAAGAUGUGCUGAAACGUUUGAGAAACCAGGGUAGCGAGAGAUAAUGUAAGAAAUGAUUGUCCGCAAAGUCAAAUAAAUCGACAAAAGUGAUCUUGGACAUGGAAUAGAAAUUAAAUUUAUAUAAAUAUUUGAUUUAAUAGAUUAAAUAGACCUAUUCCAAAUACUUAAUAGCAAACUCUUUAUUUUUAUAGUAACUUGUAGCAAACACUUGACAUAUGGAUGCAAUAAGAUGUUAGAAAAAUUAAGAGAAGCAAACAUGAAAAUGUCAUUGAUGUUA